CCAAACGCCAUUCCACCAGUCUCACCGUCUCGCGCAUCAAUGUCCGAUGGCACCGAAUGAUCGCGCCGAAAGGCGUCAGAUGCGCCAGCGUGGGGCCGGGGUAACGAACGUCCAGAAUAUCAACUUCGGAUUCAAGAUCGGAGGAGGCGCCCUUCAGCCCAGACGCUCCGGUCGCCCGUCGCCUCUGCCCGCACAACGAUCUGCCCGUUCCACGCCGAAUCGACUCCCGCCCCAGCUGUCCGGUCGCAGUAGGCAGACAAGCACGCCAGCGCAGACGUCACACCAAGCCCAUCACACGGGUAGCAGAUCGUCAAAGACUUCCGCCGCGGCGAAGAAGACUCCCAAGCAACCUAGCUUGGGGAACAAGGCCCCGCACAGCCAGCAACAGUUCACGACACCUACAGUUAUCGGCAAGCGCAAGAGGCCGCAAAGUGCGACAGUACAAGAAGACUCCGAACAUGACGAACUGGAAGCAGAUGACCCGGCACAUCGGACAUCCACAGGGCGAUCACACGUGUCUAUCCUACCGUCAAUAACGGAGCGACCUCCCGAGCCCGCAGACGACGCGGAAGACGACUUGGCAGAGGCCAACAACGGGCCCGGCGCGUCCAGCGUGCAUAGCAAUAGGAUGGGCGUCGCGGCUGCGCAACGGCGGAGAAGCCAGGGUCGACAGUCGUACGGGUCACUCAAUCUGCGAGCCAAAGGCCGGACACCGAAGAGGCGUGAGAGUGUGGCAACGUGGCUGAUAGAUCAGUCGCGUCUCACGCCGGUGCCGCCGGCGGUUCCGCCGAGUGUGCUGAAGAGUAGGACGUCAUUGAGGACUCCUAUCGUGCGUAAGAGCUUGGGCAGGCCCAAGACUAGUACUAGCACUGGGAAGCAGCCGAAGAGAACGAGCGCAGCGGCUACUGUGGAAGCGGAAGAGGAACAGGGGGAUGAGGGCGGCGAAGAGCUGGACGAGGACCACCAAGAAGGAGAGGAAGUCGUGGAUGAGUUGUCUACGGAGCUGAGCAACAGAUCUGUACGCAAGUCGCAUAAAUCGCAGCAGAAGACACGAAAGGAAAUACCUACCGAAGAAGACGAGGAGAGUGAAGACGAACUAUCCCCAGAAGCACGGCGUCCGAAGUCUGGCCGCGAUCCGAGAUUCCAAGUCGAGUCUGGAGACGAAGCGUCAGACUACGAAGGAGAGCAAUCCGUUCGCUCAGAGCUACGAGUCCCAGUGCGAGAGAAGCGUUUGACCAAGGCAGCUCGUCCAAGGCAAAAGCAGAAGGCGAAAGCUCAUUCAGGAGAGACGGAAGAGCCCGGAGCAAGGCAGAAAAAAGCCAAAGGGGAAACCGUGCCCAUCACAGUCUAUCGCCUUGCAAACGCAUCCCAGCUGGGCGGACAAGGGGAAGAUGACGGCGAUCCACUGCAGAACCCCAAUCUAGCCUCAAUAUCCGGCGUCAAUGCCGUCGACGUCCUGUUCCAGAUCACAAGCGAGCUAGCAGACCGGCAGCAAAACUCCAUCACUCGCCACCUCCAGCUCUCCACCGAUGAGCGUCAACGCAGCGAACUGAAGCGCAAACGCACCAUGCUAGACAUGUUCAAAGCCCAGCUCUCAGACCGCCUGUUCGAGCUCACAGACGCCAUCAACACCGGCACCGUGCUGCGAAAGCGUCUCAAAGCAGCGUUGAAGAAGCGCGUCGCCCUCACAGACGAGCUCCUGUCCGUCCGAAAGCAGCGCGAGGACCGCCAGUUGGCAAUGGACGCUACCAGAGACCGCCACGAGGCCAGCGUGCACGUGUACGAGAAACAGAGCUCGCUGAACUCCGCGCUGCAUGAUAUCGAGCUUGCGGUCAGCCGCGGCAGGCUGGCGGCAAAGGAUCAAGGCAGGGAGGCCGAAGGGCCGCGGAUUCCGCUGGAGAUGCUCCUGCGGACUGUGGCUGGGCAGGUAUCUUCACGGGUUCCUGGAGGGGGCGUGACGGACCGGGCAAAGGCGCUGAAUGUUGUGCUGGAAGACACGGCGAAGGUGUUGGAGGGCAGGAGAAGGUGAUGAUGACGGUUGAUGACGACGGAGACUUCGCGGCGUUGUGGCUUUGUAUUCGUAUUUAUAUAUAUAUAUACCCCU